AUGAAGAGCAUAAUAACCUCCGGAGAGGGUGGACAGUCCGGCCGCGAAGGAGGAGGAGGAGGAGGAGGAGGAAGAGGAGGACGCUUUGGCAGGUGUGUUAGUGAGUCAUGGAUCGGGGGGAGUGGGGGGUUUGGGGGAAUAUCAAACACGUCAGUCCGUGGUCUUGCCAGUAGUAUUGCUGGUGGUACCUCUAGUGCUGGUGGUUUCAGAAGUGGUUUUGGUCCUGCCACAGGUUUUGCAGCGCAACAAAUCACAGCUGUAACAGCCAACCAGAGCCUACUGACCCCUCUGGAACUUACGAUCGACCCAAACAUCCAGACUGUCCGUACACAGGAGAAAGAGCAGAUCAAGACUCUCAACAACCGCUUCGCUUCGUUAAUUGACAACGUUCGCCUUCUGGAGCAGCAGAACAAAAUCCUGGAGACUAAGUGGAGCUUGAUGCAGAAGCAGACGGCCCACCCCUCCAACACUGAAGCCAUGUUCGAGGCUUACAUCAUGAACCUGCGCAGACAUCUGGACGGGCUCGGCAGGGAGAAAAUAAAGCUGGAUGGAGAGCUGCAGAACGUGCAGGGACAGGUGGAAGACCUCAAGACAAAGUAUGAAGAUGAAAUCGACAAGCGUGCCGCUGAGGAGAAUGAGUUUGUGCUCCUGAAGAAGGAUGUGGAUGCCCCCUACAUGAACAAGAGUGAGCUUGAAGCCAAGGUUGAUUCCCUCCAGGAUGAGAUGAACUUCCUCAGAGCUGUUUAUGAUGCAGAACUGCAGCACUUUCAACAACAGUUUAAGAACACUGAAGCCACUGUGAUAAUGGACAACAGCCGAAAACUGGACAUGGACGCCACUGUGGCUGAGGUCAAGGCUCAGUAUCAGGCCAUCGCGGACCGCAGCUGUGCUGAAAUUGAAUUAUGCUAUACGCAGAAGUUCGAGGAGAUGAAGACCAGUGCAGACCAGACCGGAGAUGACCUCCGCAGAUCUAAGCAAGAGAUUUCUGAACACACCCUCCUGAUCAGCCGCCUCCAGAAUGAGAUUGAGGCAAUUAAAGGACAGUGUGCCAACCUGGAAGUCCAGAUCACUGAGGCUGAUGAGCGCGGAGAGCUGUCUGUGAAAGAUGCCAAGGCCCGCAUACAGGACUUGGAGGUGGCCCUGCAGAAAGCCAAAGAGAGCAUGGCCCACCAGGUCUGCGAGUACCAGGAGCUCAUGAACCUCAAACUGGCUCUGGACAUUGAGAUUGCCACCUACAGGAAGCUUCUGGAGGGAGAGGAACUUAGACUUGAAGGUGGGGGAGGAGAGGCAACUGUCCGCAUAGAGUGUCAGCAGCAGCGUAGUGGCGGUUACGGUGGCUUUGGCAGCAUCACGGCCAGGAGCGGUGGCAGCAGCAACGCCUUUGGCGAGGCCACGUCAGCCACUAACGGGCCCUAUGACCGCAUCACAGUCACCUCCUGAAGAACAACCAGCAGCUCUAUCCUCACUUUCUAUAAACAGCAGUUGUC